UUAUACACACACGUCACGUGAUCUAAAUGCCAAGCAUCUCCUUCGGGUUAGGAAUAGCCGUUCCGACUUCGACCGUUUGCCUUGAACCACCUCAGCAUUUGAAGGAUACUUUACAAACCCUUCCCUCUUCAAUCCAUUGCACAAUGAGCUCUCUCCGGUUCGCUCGGGCUGCCCUCCGGGCACGUCCUACCACUGUCCGUCUUCCUAUCGGCCGUAGAACCUACGCCGACGCUGUGGCCGACAAAAUCAAGCUGUCCCUGGCUAUGCCUCACCAGAACCUUUAUAAGUCAACCGACGUUGUCCAAGUUAACAUCCCCUCUGAGAACGGUGAAAUGGGUAUCCUUGCGAACCACGUUCCGUCCAUUGAGCAAUUGAAACCUGGUCUCGUUGAAGUCAUCGAGGAGAGCGGUGGCACUAAGCAAUUCUUUCUUUCUGGUGGCUUCGCCGUUGUUCAGCCUGAUUCCCGCCUCAGCGUCAAUGCUGUUGAGGCUUACGCUCUCGAAGAUUUCUCCGCUGAUGCUAUCCGUAGCCAAAUUGCCGAAGCCCAGAAGAUUGCUAGUGGCAGUGGUAGCGAGCAGGAUAUCGCUGAGGCCAAGAUCGAGCUUGAGGUAUGCCGCAUCCAUUUUUGGUUAUAAUACACAUACUAACUUUUCAGCAGGUUCUUGAAACUCUUCAGGCCCACGUGAAGUAGACUUGUUGAUGUAAAUAUUCCAUAUGCAACUUACACACAACGUGUUUCCGUCUAUUUCAAAAACUAUGUAGAAUUAUACUCCAGUUAUAUUGAAGACGCUUUCUUCAUCAAUGGCAUUUCAUUUGUACUCUACUGAAUUUUAUAAUGUCAAAAUUGGGGAAUUAUAUACACCAACCGUAAAGAGCAGCGA